GCACACAGUAGGUGCUCAAUAACUGUUGGACAAGUAGACAAAUCAGCACUGGCCAAGGUUGUGUUCCCACAAGGUUGUGUCUCUGCCCCUAGCCAUGGCCCGCAUCAUCGACCUGGUGCCCUGGGAGGAUGGCUCCACCCACGUGUACGCAUCCCCGGCCAUCCUGCUGCCCAUGGAGCGGCAGCGCAACCAGCUGGCUGGUGUGAAGCAGCAGCUCUACCACCCGGCCCUGCCCAGCCUGCGACGCAUGGACAUGGACUCCGUCAGGGCCUGCCUUUCCGACGAGCACUGCCAGUCCACCACGUACUGCCACAAAGAUGACUUUGACAAUGCCCACUUCACACUCCUUGGUGUCCCCAACAAACCCCUGCAGUGUUUGGACAUCACGGCGACCGGCCAGAGGCUCCGAAACAGGUGCCGCGAGGGAAAGCUGGCGCCUAUCGCUCCGGGCAUCAAUCGGGUUGACUGGCCCUGCUUCACGCACGCCAUCGAGGACUGGUCCCGCUUCGUGUCCUCUGCCGGCGAGUUCAAGCUGCCCUGCCCGAGCAAGAGGGGUUGGUCUACGGGCGCGGAGGAUGCCCUAGGGCGGGAGAGAUAACGGAGGUGCUGGGUCCCUCGAGCCCGGACCUCGGACCGGAGGCUUCGCGGGGUGGGCUGCGUCAAAGACAGGGCGGGGAAGCUAAGAGCAGCUGGACACUCAGGGGAGGGAGACAGACGGACUGAGGCUCACAGAGGCGGGGCUUGUCUUGGGGAGGGGGCGGCACCAGGUCCGAGCCGGGGGAGCCAGUGGGGCGGAGGCGGAGGGCAGGUUUGGUUCUGGGACUGGAGCUGCACUGUCCGGAGGCGGGACCAGUUCUAGCACCAGGCGUGGGGCUUGGCUUGAUCUAGGGGCGGGGCUCAGGUAAAGGAGGGGCGGGGCUUGCUCUGGGCGGGCUGG